GAAGAAUAUGGAGAGUUUGCCACCACCUGCCUUGGAGCCCCCUAGUACCGAAACCAAUAACAUGGAUACAGCAAUAUGUCGAGUUUGCAUGGCAAAUGAAAGAUUAAUGGUCAAUAUAUUUGGGACACCGCCAGGAUCAAGCACCUCGAUUGCUAAUAUGAUUUCCCAAUGCACUGGAAUUUACAUCUCCCACAGACAAACCUAUCCAAAGACCAUAUGCCGACCUUGCGUGCUGGAUGCGCAAAAUGCAUACGAAUUCAAGCAGACUUUUGAGAAAAGUCACCAUUAUUUUAGUCAAAUUAAGGAAAAGGUUUGCGUUAUACUAGACGUAGACAAGGAAUCCGACCAAGUGAAGAAGGAGGGAUUUGAAAUCUGUUUCUUGGAGAAAGAAGAACCUAAGCAAUCGAUCACAGAUCAAGUAAAGAAUGAACCAUCAGAUGCAGAGCAUGUUGAAGCAAAUCCCUCCGAAGGCACAGGUGCCAGUGAAGACAACGCUUCUUCUUCCAGUUCAGAACGUCCCUUCAAAUGUUCCCAGUGCCAGAAAACGUUUAUUCGUAAACACCAAUUAGCCACACACAUACGGAUUCACACUGGAGAACGGCCAUUUCAGUGCGAACAUUGUCCAAAGUCCUUUACACAGAAGCAUAUUCUAAAGAUACACCUCCACACGCAUACGGGGGAGCGGCCUUUCAAGUGUUCCCACUGCCCAAAAUCAUUUGCACAGAAAUCCACUCAACUGGCUCACAUCCGUAUUCACACGGGCGAACGACCCUUUGCGUGCUCUGAAUGCCCGAGAUCAUUUUUCCAGCAAGCCCAUCUUCAGAAGCACUUUCGCAAGCACAGUGGAGAAAGGUCUUACCAUUGCUCCCGCUGUCCGCAAUCCUUUUCAGAUCGAUCUAACCUGCAGAGACACUGUAGAACUCAUACCAAAGAAGGCAAGGCUAUGUAGGUCCUUAGGAGGAUCAUAAGAAGAUUAGGAAGAUGUUUUUUGUACAUAUUAAAAUUAUGUUUUAAUUCGUAUAGAAAUUGUGGUCUUAGAAAUGUUACUGUCAUUUAUUCUCAUAAGGUAUUAACAAUUAUUUAUUCAAAGGAUAAAUUGUA